AUGAAACGAUCGGCUCCCCCACCAGAACGUCCCAUAUCUCCGCCGGCAGUGAAACGAAAGUUCGAAUCCACCACCACUAACAAGGCUGUUGCAAGUUUCUUCAAACCUGCUUCACAAAAGGAGCCCGAGAAGUUGGUGUGGCGGACAGUCGAGAAGACCCUCAUCGUAGGCCGCUAUGAUGCGUCCAGUGUUCCUCCUCAGACUCGUACAUUGCCCGUCAAGAUUGCAGCGUUCGACCUGGAUGACACUUUGAUUGUCCCGAACACCGGGAACAGAUGGCAUCGUACAGCAACGAGCUGGAGAUGGUGGGAUCCAUCAAUCCCUGGCCGAUUGAGGUCGCUCUACGACGAAGGGUACCUUGUUGUCAUUCUGAGCAAUCAAGGAAACAUCAGCUUGAAGGAUAAUCCAAAGACCCUUCAAAAAGACACGGCGAGCCUUGCCAACCUCAAAAACCAGGUCGGCGCCGUUCUCAGGCAACUCGACCUGCCUGUCAGCAUAUAUGCUGCCACGGGUCAGGACCAUUAUCGAAAACCUCGGACCGGUAUGUGGGACGAGAUGCUCGAAGACUACGACCUAAAAGCCGAGGGUGCUGUCGAUUAUGACAAGUCCUUCUAUGUUGGAGAUGCUGCCGGAAGAGCAAAGACCGACAAGAGACGAAAGGACCACUCAACCUCGGAUAGGGAUCUUGCUGCCAACAUUGGGAUCAAAUUCUACACCCCGGAAGAAUACUUCCUCGAUGCGCCCGCGGAAGCAUAUGAGCACGUGUUUGAACCAUCAAAACAUCUUCAAAGUCCGGGUCGAGAGCAACCGUCUGUGCCCGCCCCGUUUACCAAAACAAGUCCUCAAGAGCUGGUCAUUUUCUGCGGUUCACCAGGUGCAGGGAAGAGCACAUUCUAUUGGGACGUUCUGCAACCAUUAGGAUACGAGAGAGUAAAUCAAGACAUACUCAAAACGCGCGACAGAUGCAUCAAAAAGGCAAGAGAGUUGUUGAGUGCUGGAUAUUCCGUGGCCAUAGACAACACCAACGCAGACCCCGAGACCCGGUCGUACUGGAUCAAACUUGCGCGCGAAUUCAAUGUCCCUAUCCGAUGUGUCCACUUUACAGCCCCGACUCGGCUGGCCGAGCAUAACGAUGCCGUCAGAGCAUUGAAUCCAAACACGAUGAACCCGGAGAAAAGGACUCAGCUUCCCGGCAUCGCGUUCGCGUCAUUCAUCAAACGGUUUCAAGAACCUAGGUUGGACGAAGGAUUUCAGGAUAUUUACAAGGUCGAUUUCGAGUUCAAAGGCACAGAAGAGCAAAAGAAACUGUGGUCACGAUACUGGGUUUCGAAGUUUUCUACUUGA